UAAAGCAAUCAACAAAUUCUCUCCGCAACCUCAUCAAAAAAAAAAAAAAAACUCUCUCCACAACCAAAAUCUUUAGGCAACAACCAAACUUAGCUAGUUGUGCUUGUGGGCAGAGAAGACCAGCUUUAAUUGGUGAUGACAGAGUUGCGAUUCAAAAUUUAGCAAAUGCAUUAACCUCCCCCUACAUUACAGGAGAAACCCACGUUCAAUUUCAAACAGACAACACCCAGUGAAAAAAAAUUAGCAAAUAAUGUCUCUAAAGCUGGUUGUUACGUUUCUUUUCCAUCGUACUAUAUUGUUCUAAUCCUUUUCGUGUCUAUUUCAAGCACUAGGCUUCCUUAUUUAUACCCAACUUCAAUCUUCUCAACUGCAUUUAUUUUUUCGUGAUUUGUAGGGGGACAAAAUGGCCGGACUUUCAACCUCCUACCUAGGAUUUUUUAUUUUAGUUUUAUGUUGCUGUGCAUCCAACAUGGUACAAGCAACAGAAUACGCGGUAUACAAAGACCCGAAACGGCCUCUUGGUGCUAGGAUCAGGGAUCUAAUGAAGAGAAUGACUAUUGAAGAAAAGAUUGGCCAGAUGGUCCAAAUUGAACGUGCCAAUGCCACUGCUGAAAUCGUGAAUAAAUUCUAUAUUGGAAGUGUAUUAAGUGGUGGAGGGAGUGUCCCUGCUCCUCAGGCUACUUCCCGGCAAUGGAUUGAUACGGUGAACAAAAUUCAAGAAGGGGCUCUUUCCACUCGUCUUGGAAUCCCUAUGAUAUAUGGAAUUGAUGCUGUUCAUGGCCACAACAAUGUGUACAAUGCAACCAUUUUUCCUCAUAAUGUGGGGCUUGGAGUCACCAGGGAUCCUCAACUUAUAAAGAAGAUUGGGACUGCAACUGCACGUGAAGUUCGAGCCACUGGAAUUCCUUAUGCUUUUGCUCCAUGUAUUGCGGUCUGCAGAGAUCCGAGAUGGGGUCGAUGCUAUGAGAGCUAUAGUGAGGACCCCAAAAUUGUCCGAGCGAUGACUAAGAUCAUCUCCGGUUUGCAAGGAGAUCUCCCUGAUAAAUCUUGGUUGGGCAGACCAUAUGUUGGAGGAAAGCAUAAGGUGGCAGCUUGUGCAAAGCACUAUGUUGGUGAUGGAGGCACAGUCAAGGGUAUUAAUGAAAACAACACUAUAGUUAGCCAGCGCGAAUUGCUCAGCAUCCACAUGCCUGCUUACUAUAAUUCAAUCAUUAGGGGUGUUUCUACUAUCAUGGCAUCCUACUCAAGUUUGAAUGGAGUGAAGAUGCAUGCAAACCAAGAGCUGUUGACUGGGUUUCUUAAGAAUAGACUCAACUUCAGGGGUUUCAUCAUCUCAGAUUGGCAAGGAAUUGACAGGAUUACCUCUCUACCACAUGCAAACUACACAUAUUCUAUUCAAGCUUCAAUUCUAGCUGGAAUUGACAUGGUCAUGGUUCCUUACGAUUACCCAGAAUUUAUUGAUGGCUUGACCAAUCUGGUUAAUAAGAAUGUCAUUCCCGUGAGCCGAAUAGAUGAUGCCGUAAAGAGGAUCUUGCGGGUUAAGUUCACCAUGGGUCUCUUUGAGAACCCUCUGGCUGAUGACAGUCAAGCUGAUUUGCUUGGAGCCCAGGAACAUAGAGAACUUGCUAGGGAAGCUGUGAGGAAAUCACUUGUUUUAUUGAAAAAUGGAAAGUCUGCAUAUGCUGGGCCUGUUUUGCCCCUCCCCAGGAAAUCGCAAAGGAUUCUUGUUGCUGGAACUCAUGCAGACAACUUGGGCUAUCAAUGCGGUGGUUGGACAAUCGAAUGGCAGGGACUUGGUGGCAAUAACCUCACUUCUGGAACCACCAUCCUCAAAGCCAUUAAAGACACUGUUGACUCAAGCACCCAAGUGGUCUUCAAUGAGAACCCAGACCCUGCCUUUAUCAAUUCUGAUGACUUCGCAUAUGCCAUUGUUGUAGUGGGUGAGCAACCAUAUGCAGAGACUAAUGGUGAUAAUUUGAACCUCACUCUCCCAGCUCCCGGACCAGAUACAAUCAAGAAUGUAUGCAGCCAUAUCAAGUGUGUUGUAGUUGUCAUCUCCGGGCGUCCCCUUGUGAUUGAACCAUAUCUUGAAUCGAUGGACGCUCUUGUGGCUGCAUGGCUCCCAGGUACUGAAGGUCAAGGUGUGGCUGAUGUUCUUUUUGGUGAUUAUGGAUUCACUGGCAAGUUGGCUAGAACUUGGUUUAAACGAGUUGAUCAACUCCCAAUGAAUGUUGGGGAUGCACACUACGAUCCACUCUUCCCAUUUGAAUUUGGCCUGACAACUCAGCCAAUAAAGCAAACGUAAACAACCAUCUCCCACAGGAAGAGGUUUUUUUUUUGUUUUCAUAUAAGAGUACAUGAUUGUAUCUUUCAAAAGCUUCUAAAUAUUUGAGAUGUUGAAAUUUUCUUGUCAAAACUCAAAAGCUUCUAAUCUGACAAAAUUUGUUUGCUUCUA